AUGGAAUGGCGAUUUAAAACUUUGACAUGGAUUGGAUUCCUUGGUUAUCUCUAUUGUGAGCCCAGACAACGCCUUAUGAGUUUGUUCUCUUGUUUUUCGUAUGGACUUUCAGCAGAUCAACUUCAGUUCUUUGAGUUCUCUGGGAUGAGAACUCUUUUGUCACCUAUGCAAGUUAAGGACACGUUUCCAGAUCAAAGAGAGAAGUAUAUUACGUUUCUUCAGAUUAUGAUAAAUUUUAAGAAUAGAAGAAUUGAUACUACUGGUGUCAUAUCAAUACUGAAAGAAUUGUUUAAAGGGCAUCCCAACUUACUUCGUGGAUUAAAUCCUUUCUUGCCCGAGGGUUAUGAAAUUUUAAUCCUCAAUGAAGAUGAGAAGAAAGCGAACUACUAUGAACAAGCAUUAAGUUUUGUGGGAAAAAUAAAGGAGCGUCUAGGAAAUGACCAUGAGUACACAUCCUUCCUAGAUAUUAUGCGCAAGUAUGGGAAGGAGUGCAAUGACGUCAAAAAAAUUAUUACCACACUUUUCAAUGACUAUCCAGAUUUGCUAAAGGAGUUCACUAGAUUCUUCUUGCCAGAUGAUUCAGUUACUACUAAUCUGUUGUCUAAUUUGGACGACGAUAGAACAUCCAAGACGUUAAGAGCUAUGAUCAAUCAGAAGUUUGCAAAAGUAGUUUGGGCAGAAGAGGAGGUGGCAGCCGCAGAACUGGCAAUAAUUGCGCAGAAACAUUUAGGGAAUGAUUAUGAGUACAAAUCGUUCCUAGAUAUGAUUCUCUUGUAUGGAAAUGAGGGAAAGGACGUUAAAGAGAUUUACAAUGAGGGGAAUGAAGGGAAUACCAAUUCCAAGUUAGUAAAGGAAGAAGUGAAAGACAAAGAUAGGUGUAAAACUGAGGCUCCUUCAACUUAUCAAAUAAAAGAAGAAAAUAAGGUUCCUCCACAGAGAAUUAAGUUUGAAGAAGCUAUCAUCUUUGUGAAGAAACUGAAGAAAUAUUUUCAAAACGAUGAUCAUUUGUUCAAAUCCUUCUUUGACAAUUUGAAGAUUUACAUGGAGGUCCACAAGAGCAUCUAUGAAGUCUACCAUAAGGUUGCUAAACUUCUCAAUGGUCAUCCAGAUUUGCUUGAAGAAUUCACACAACUCUUUGCAGAUUCUUCAGCUAUUGGCAUCCUUAAGCAAUAUCUUUAUUAG